GACCUUGCACACUAAUGGAAGACCAAUCACAAGACCUCCUGUUGCCUUGGUUACCAUAUAAUACCAUAUAAUAUGCGAAUAGUCAAUAGAAAUCACCCCGGUCUGAGGUGGAGUACAUAUACGAAGAGAAAAUUGUUCACAGCUCAUAUUGAUUGUGGUACGCAAGGAUCCUUCACGUGUGAUAUCAUAGCUUGAGAGAGAGUUUUCUUGAGAACAUCAAAAAGUGGUCAGUGAUUGUUCACAGUAUCAGCAAUAAAUUUGACUUCUGUUUGAUAAGUUGCCCAAAAGAUCAUGGCUGGCAUUUUGAUGAAAGUGGGCUUGAUUUUGCUCAUUUUGAGCCCAAAAUGGAGCUUGUUCGUGUACAUGCAAGCAACGGGCAAGUUUGCGCAUCGCUGUGAAACACUACAAGUUGGGGCUUGCCCUGAAGGGUGGACGGCACGAGGAAACCACUGCUACAAAACCCUAGAUGGCAUUCAUAGCUACGCAGCCGCUACUACAACAGCUUGCACCGAUAUCGGCGGCUGGCUCCCCACACCAAACACGCCAGAGGAGAACGCAUUCAUCCUCAGCAUGUCGGUGCCUACUGCCGAAGGGGUCUGGCUAAACUGCAACGACUUGGAGACAGAAGGAGCCUGGACAUGUCUUGACGGAGGGAAACAGGUCCGUGACCGUUACUGGGGAACCGGCGAGCCCAACAACGCAGCCGGUAAUGAGAACUGUGCGGUGAUAGAGCAUAACGACGGGCGCUGGCACGAUGUGUACUGCAAUUACAAGCACUACUCUGUUGUGUGCAAGCGUUCGGCUCCGGGUGUGCUCUCAAUUGAAGCUUGAAAUCUUCGCCCCCCCCCCCAAAAAAAAAAUCAGCCCAUCCUUGCACCGGGACUUAAUAAAUGUGCUUGGGUGAAGGUUUGGGUCAUAAAAAAAUACCUCAUGACAUACAUGUACUGACUUUGAACCAACUCCAAAAGUUCACUUGCUGAUUUUACCAAAAUACACGUGUACUAUGAAUGAACCAUGGAACCUUGAACUGAAUUGUUAUUUCUAGCUGGGAAUGGGCAGGGGUCAACAUUUGUUAAGUCUACAUCUACAGUGUAUCCUUCAACUCCAUGUUGUUGAAAACUGAGCAGUGCAAAGGUUUGUACAUUUUGACAAAUAAAACAUUGGAAAAACUUUGUCUGCGGACAAUAUACAAAGUCACAAGAAUGGUGCACCGGAACUACACAUCUGAGUGACUACAGUCCCUGGUGCAUGGAAACUGAUGAGCACAAAAGAAAUCUGCUCAGCAAAAUUUAAUCACCAACCGAAAUCUAAUUCAAUGUACAUUGUAUGUUGCAUGUGACAGGAUCUCAGGUAAUAGCCGCUUAGCACAA